UAGUAAAUUUUGAUGUAGCAGUAUUUGAAGUAAAAUGGUAAAAAUAAAUAAUGCAGAGACUCUCUCUUUGGAUAAAAGCAAACAACGAAAAGUCGCCAAAGCAACGCAUAAGCUCAAGAAAAAAAUCGUGAGUGGUUUAGUAUCUAUCAAAGAAAAACGAAAAGGCCAGAAAGUAACGGCUGAACAGAAAAGAGGCUUAUUGUAUAUAUCACAUCUACCUCAUGGCUUUUAUGAAACAGAAUUGAAAGCAUACUUUCAACAAUUUGGAAGAGUUACCAAUGUCAAGGUAUGCAGGUCUAAUAGAACUGGGAACAGUAAAGGUUUUGGAUAUGUUGAAUUUUCACAUCCAGAAGUUGCCAAAAUCGCUGCUGAAACAAUGAAUAAUUACCUUAUGUUCAAAAAAAGAGUCACAGCUGAAUAUGUUCCAUAUGAGAAAAGACCAAAAUCUUUAUUCCUUGGUAAAAGCAGUAACCCUGACAGAUAUUCUUCCAAAGUAAGAAGAGAAAAACAAUAUCAGAAAAAUAUCAAUCUUGAUGAUACAGCACAUUCAAAAAGAACUGUUUCACGAGUAUCAAAACUGAAUAAAAAGUUACAGAGGUUACAAAGUUUAGGUAUAAAAACUACCUUCAAACCUAUUGACUUGACUGUGAUUAAACAGGAGAGCUCUGCAGGAAUCACUAUUCCUGAUUCUGCUCCUAGCCUUCCCAAUAACUAUGAAGCUUUAGACUCUGACAUAGAAGUGAAACUCCCUUUGAAAAAAUCAAGAAGAUCUCUGAGAUCCUUGACCAACAAAACUACAUCCCCAAAUUGGAGUAGCUUGUCAACUACUGUAUCCAAAAAUAGGAUGGUGCUAGCAAAAUCAUUGGACUCUGUGAAAGCUGUCCUGUCUUCUAAAACUAACAAAAAUCUGGACACUGAAAACACCCCUUCAAAACAAACCCUUUUGGUACCAGAUUCACCUGUGAAGGCUGAGAAGAAACCAAGAAAGAAACCCAUUUCAAAUUUGAAAAGUAUUUCAAAGAAAACCAAGAAGGCAGCCUCUAUGAAUGCUGAUACAGUGAGAAAAAUAGCAAGAGAACUAAUUAGAAAGAAAGGGGAUUCCUUGCUCAACUAUCAGCCACCCAAAACUAACCAAACCACCAAAAAGAAGUCUAGAAAGUAAUCAAUUUGAAUUGUACCCCCUUUGAAAUAUAUCAUUAAUUCUUAUUUGAAUUAUUUUUUGUGGACUUUUCUAGGAUGUUUUUGA